UAUUUAAGAUGUACGGCGAUGGAGAGCUAGAAGUCUCGGAAGGAUGGAGACAGAUCAGAGACUUGAGUACAACAACAGAUCCAAAUAUAAGUUCCACUGUUCACGAGGAGGAGCACUUUUGUAAAUUAAUAUUGUACAAGGAUAUAAGAGAUUCAAGAGUAAGAAUAUGGGAUGUGAUUAUUUUAAUACCGAAUCUUCUAUUUCUUCUUUUUAUUGCUGUAAGAUUUAAUCGAGCUAGGCUAAAACUCAGAGCGACAAGUAGUCCUAUAUAUUUAGCAUUUUAUGGCCUUGUUAUUUGUAGUGUUGUGAUAUCAGUUAUUCGAUGUGUAGUGUCAAUGACAAUUAAUGCGGCUACGAGUGUCGGUGGUAAGGCGGAUAAGGUGUUAUGGGUCACGGUUAGAUUUUUCUUACUGUCCACAGAAAUGAGCGUUGUCAUUUUUGGCCUUGCUUUUGGUCAUCUGGACAGCCGUUCGAGCAUACGUAGAGUUCUUCUAGCAACAUCUUUUAUAGCGCUGGUUUUUACAAUAACUCAAGGUACUCUUGAAUUAGUAUUACCCGAUGAUACGUUCCAUAUACCGAGCAGAGAUUUCUACGUGUUUGGUCAUGGUGGAAUGAUGUUCUGGUUUUGUAGCAGCAUAGUUUUUACAAUGAUUUAUGUAUUUAUACUGAUUCUGCCAUGCACAAGAUUACGAGAAAGACUCCCUCUCCCUACUCGAAAAGGUUUUUAUGUAUAUACCAGCCUUCUGGCAACAUUGGAUUUAGUUCAAUCAAUAGGGGCUGGUUUAUUAAACUAUACUCAAAUUCCUGCAGGACUAUGUGUUGUCGAUCUAACAGCUGCAAUGUACUUGACAUUAUUUACGCCUUUAGUAUAUCACACAUUCCUUACAGAAUUCUUAGGAGUAUCGCAGCCAUCGAUAAUGUUCUCCUACAAGGCCCAGGUAGACGAUGCGAUGGAUGAGGACACGGUUUCCCUACCCCACCAGCAGAGCUUCUCCUCCUUGAAGACGGACAGCGAUUACAUAUACCAGGUCCAUACCCCGUGUUUUCACGCUCCGCUCUUUCAUUUCCAGUGUCUAAUGAAGCCGAACCCCAAAAGCGCCGCGGCGAGAUUAGCCGGAAGCUCGUCGCACGCGACUCUCCUCUAUCCAGAAUACUGCGCCCAAAGGCGAAUUCAUCCCACAUCACGACUGGGUAUCCAAACGAGUGCCCCGGACUUGAGAAUGCUAAGCUUGACGCCAGAUGCGAAACGUGGAUUCAAGGAGGACACCGCUAGCGUUUCGAAUUUGCUACUAUCGCCAAGCACAGCCAGCAAAUUCAUUUUCAAGCCCGGGAGCAACAGUAGCAAAGCCAAUCUCUUCUCCGCCAGCGGCAACAAAAGUAACCAAAGUCUGCCGAUAGCGGGGACGAGUGGCGGCAGUCUAGCGACGCUUAAGCAAGAUAGCGGCUCCACGAAGCUGGAGAGUAAUUUGCAGAAUUUUUUGGAGCGUAGCGAAACUCGCGUUGAGAAAAGCGAGAGAAAUAAAUAUUCAGCCGCUACCGGGCUAAGCGAAUAUUUGAGUCAGAUGCGCAAUAGCGGUAGCGACGAUAAUGAUGACAAUGAUGAUGUGGAAGUGACGAUGCUCCCGCCGAAAUCUAAGAAUUCGUCAUCACCAUCCUCUCGCAGUGAAGCGCUGUGAAUUAAUUCCUAAUUCUACUUUCUUUUUCU